GAGGCUUGCAGUCCGGACAGUGGCCUGUCAUCCCCACCAGAGUGCUCACUAGCCACCUCCCAGCCAUAUCCACGCUGGAUGCGGGGCUCCACCUGCUGGACUCCGCACCCUCCACCCUGAGCUUUCUGGGUCUUCCCAAGGACUGUCUUUGCUCAUCCAGCAGCCGUGUGAUCCCCAGGUUGCUGCUCCCCCCCUUGUUGACGGCCAUGAGGUCCCGGCUACUGCUUCCUGUGGCCCAUCUGCCCACAAUUCAGGAGACCUCGGAGGAGAUGCUGCCUGGGGGCCCUGGGCAGGAGCCCCCAGCCUCCCCCAGCCUGGAUGACUAUGUGAAAUCCAUUUGUCAGCUGGCACAGCCCACUUCAGUGCUGGACAUGGCCACAGCCAGGGCCCAGCCCAGCAGAGCCCUCUGGCCAGCCAAAGCCUUCAAGAAGAACUGCCCUACUGAGUCCCUGCAAGACAUCACUACCCACUUCAGUGGUCAGCAACCUGCACCAACCAGGGAUUGCACUGCUGACCCCCUGGACUGGCUCUUUGGGGAUUCCCAAGAAAAGCAGCCAAGUAGGAGGAACCCACCAAGGACGAUUGGCUCCUCUGCAGACCCCUGGGGUCCACACAGACAGAUGGAUGGUGGCAAGGCCCAAGGGACUCCCAGAGGGAGAUUCUGUGAUGCCAGCGUGCAGGAGCACUCUCUGGUCAGACCCUCAAGGGAUUGGCAUCAGGGCUCCUGGGCUUCCAGGCAAUUCAGUGGGGCUGCAGCCUCUCCCCCGGCCCCUCGCCCCAGCAGCACCCUCAGAACUCUCUAUUUGCACCUCCCGGUGAUUCAUGAACUCUGACCUCUCCCCAAUAAAGCCUUCUGUACAGAG